ACGCACAGCGAGGAGAGGAAUGCGCAGCGACAGACGCGGCCUUGGUCGUCUCCAUUUUUUCCGUCCCCUUCCUCUCCCCUAGGGUUUUAGCGGCCGACGACGAGGGUCGAGCAUGGCGCCGUCCGACGGACCCGGCGGCGACCACCGCGCGCGCCCGUCCAUGCGCGACAGGCCCGCCGCGGCGGGCGAGUGCGAGGCCGACGGCGUCGCGGAGGAGGAGGAGGAGGCCGCGGCGAGGCGCGGCUGCUACCCCAACCCCGCUCCCCGCGGCAAGCAGGUCGUGGUGGAGGAGACGAGCGGCAAGGGCGCGCCUGCCGAUGGCGUCCAGGACGUCGUCCAGAGGCUCGGGCUCUGCCGCCACCCCGCUCGCCGACGCCCUCUACAGUUCGGCGAGGGCACCUCCGCAGCCGGCGCCGAGGAGGCCGUGCGGACGUGCUCGCAGAUCGGCCCCGCGGCUUCCUGCGUCCCGGUGGCGAGUGGAGGGCGAGGAGGCGGAGGGGGUCGCGGUGACAGGUGCGUGUACAUCUACGGCUGCACCUCAAGGCCGCAGGCUUCCAAGCUCGCGCCAACAAGCGAUCUCGCGCCCAAGGUAAUUUGUUUGAUUCUGGAAGAAGAAGGUGACAUCGAUAAGUUUAAAGGUUACAAACCAUCGGCUGCAGAUGUAUCAAAGGCUAAGCGGGAACCUCCCAAGCCUAACAAUGAGGUCCAACUGUCAAGUGUAAAAGGCACCGGUCCUGACGGUGGUAUUCUGAAGGCAGACAUUGAAGAUUACUUGGCUUCUGUAGCCAAGGGUGGCAAGGGCGAGUCUUUUGCAGCUUCAGGAUUAGCUUGCACUGAUAUUCCAAAUGCGCAGAUAAGAAAGGUUACUGCAGACCGCCUCUUAGCCUCUAAACAAACCAUCCCACAUUACUACUUGACAGUUGACACACCCGUUGACAAACUUAUCAAGUUGCUAGGGGAACUGAACCUACUGCAGGAAGCAUCUGGUGGAAAGAAGAUAUCUAAAGACCUUGUUAGAAAGGAUGCAGACAAGACAGGACUUGCUACAAUCGGUGAGGAGGUGAAGCAGUUGGCUCAAAGAGCGAGGGAUAACAGCUUAAAACCACAAGACUAUGAGGCAUUUAGUGAUUUUCCAGAUUUUGUCUGUAGUGAUAGGGGAGGCUACCCUGGGUCUAAUAAUGGAAAAUGCAAUUAUAUCUCGAAGAUGAAUUUUUAUCUCAGGGCUGGUUCCAUGAGUGAUGAUGUGAUACUAGUUUCAGAUGGAGAGGAAUCAAGUAAUUAUUCUCUUCGAUUUGAAGAGUUAAAGGGUUUUAAAAAUUCCUCCAACAGCUCAAAGGGCCUAGUGCAGAAGAUAGACAGCGACUAUUAUACUGAGGGAGUUUCUCAGGUGUUUCUACAUCUCUGUGGCACAACCAAUUCUCAUCAGGAAAAUCUGUACACUUCAAAUGUGAAUAUGUUAAUGAAGGUGGCAUGUGAUAAAGUGGGUGUAAAAUCCAAGGAUUUUUACUCAAUUUAUUGUGGAAAAGUGUUGGAUCCCAAGCAACUUCUAUCGUAUUAUCAGAUAAACAAGGAUUCAAAAAUCAUAAUUAAUCCAAGACUCAGAGGUGGCUGUGCUGGGGACAAAACAUGGGAUGACUUUGUCAGAUCUCAGAAACAUUACACGAUGGUGUCAUUGCCACCGAAAGACCUAGUUCUCUUGCGCCAGGACGGCUCGGCCCAGCAAGGUCCAAUUCUGGUGAAGUACUUGGCAGAACCUAUGCAAUUUCGUUCCAGAAAUGUGCUUAUCCAACUGUGCCGCAGGCAUUAUAGUGGUACUUCCUAUGGAGGCAAGAUCACUUCCAAGAAUAUCUUAUUUGACCGUUAUGGGAAUGUCCGUAUUGAUUCUGCCCCUGAAAGGUUUACUCAACAUUCGGCUAAAUUGGACUAUGAAGCAAUUGGUAAAAUAUUGGAUGAUUUGUUCCAAGACAAGGAAUAUCCAAUGCAUUUCUUCCAACUGGUCGACUUCCUAAGAUAUGGUCCUGCUGUGGACUGUCAAAGUGAGGCUGUGAUAGCAUUCGUGACAAAUCAUUCUUCAUUGCUUUCUCAUUACGUGAGGGUGUCAAUCAGUGAAAUUUUGGUUCAGCUGGUUGAACGACUUCACCCAGAUGUGAUGGCUGUCUUAGUAGAUACACUUGCUAAAUUUUCUUGGGUGAAUACUGCAAAGAAUGUUGCAGCAAUGAAUUAUACGUACUUUUACCAUUCUCGGAGCAAUCAAGAUGGGACACUUUGGGUUCCGUAUGUGAACGAUUGGGUCGGUUUGCUGAAGUUCUCAAAUAACUUUUUCAAGCAUCAUAAGUGGACCUCUUUAGAGAAGCUUGAUGCAGCUUUUUCGUUGAUGGAGAGAAGGAACUUUAUACCUCGAUUCCUGUUAACCAUUCUUGUGACUUUGAAAGACUCAGAGAAUCAAUGUCCUGCACUGAUACAGUCUUUUAUCGACCAAGUGGUUGGGAUGCUGGGGAAUAACGUAAUUGACCUCGAGAGGGGUUGACCUGCGGGUGGCUGGGAACCUGACUUCUGUUACUUUGUAAGCCUGGUUGUGUUCUAACAUGGCCAUCUAACAUGAAGUGAAGAUGGCAUGAAGUGCUGUUGCCAUGUAAUUGAUAUAUUAGGUGUUGGCUAUUGAGAAGUGUUGUUACCUUGUAAGCCUGCUGUUGUGAAGUGCUAUGAACAGUCUAACAUGAAGUGAAGAUGUAGGAAUACUUUGUAUUGGUCUUCUUGUGGCCAAAGAGUUAUUACUAGCGCCGACUGAGUGACAGUUUUGUCAGAUUGAUUGUAACUGUGGUUUUUGUUUC